UCGACAAACACCCCCGAAGAGAUGCAGGCUUGAAAGUAAUGGAAUUAGUGGUUAAUCCUCUCAGUAGCAAGACCCCCCUCUGCUACCUAGGCAACUUCUUCACGGAAAACACAAACAAAGUAUCUCUAGCCGACCCA